AUCGGUGGUCUCGUGACCAGGCAGGAGCACACUGCGCAUGCGCACACGCCGAGCGUUGUCAGGGAGAAAGCGGCCAGCACGGGGAGAAACAGGGCCAGCGACAAAUGCGAGACAGGGCCGGGCUAGCAGCUGACACGGACAGACAGAGAAGCACACAAUGAAACCUUUUUCAUAACUGCCCAUUGGCUAUCAUUUCUCUCGUGGUCUUUUUUAAGUGUUUCGUUUAAUUAAUGCCACAUAAAAUACGGAGAAUCUUCACUUCCCUGUUCUCAGAAGGAAAGAGGUAAAAUCCACCUUCAUGAUGCUGAGGUAAAUGAGGUGGAAUGAGGCAGCAGCACCCACACCCUUUUCUCCUUGCUGGUUCUGCAGGUUGUUUUGGGAUGGUUUGGGAUUACUCAGCCAUUCUGGCUGAAUAAGCAUCAUCUUCAUCCUGGUUGUAAUGCUUGACCUCAUCACAGAGUCUAAACCAGAUCGCAACAUACUGUGCUUGGCAAAGUCCUCAUCACUGGAAUGGAAAGGAAGGGCAACAAAAAGUCACUGGAGCUAAAUCUAUGAUCAGCAUGAGUGUCAGUGAGCAGUGCUGGAGUGAUGAGGAUUCAGAUGGGGACAGUGACUGUGAAAACAUCAUCUAUGGAGCACAGGGUAAUUAUGCUGCUGAUCUGUAUUGCCACCCGCAAUUGGACACAGAUGUUGGAGCUGUGAAGGAUAUCUACUCUGACAGUGCUGUUGGUGUAAGGGAGUAUGAGGCUAUUGAUGAUGUGGACAUCGACUUGCACAUAAACAUCAGCUUUUUAGAUGAGGAGGUGGCCUCGGCAUGGAAAGUCAACAGAACAGAACCUAUAGUUCUACGCCUUCGAUUUUCUUUGUCUCAGUACCUGGAUGGACCAGAGCCGACAGUGGAAGUGUUCCAGCCUUCCUGUAAAGAUAGCUUCAGUGUUGGUGUACAGCUCAAGAGAAUUCUUAGCACAUUCAUAUCUAAUCAGUGGAAACACCUCAGCAAUGAAUUUUUGAGAGCACAGCAGAAGAAGAGACAUAGCUGGUUCAAAGCUGGAGGAACGAUCAAGAAAUUCCGGGCUGGCCUCAGCAUCUUCACACCAAUAGCCAAGUGUCCCAAUGUACCUCUGAUCCAGGGCCCUGGAGAGAAGGGGAGGACAUCAGGACCUGAGCCGAGAGGGAGCCGCCUUAUGAGCCGCUCAGUUUCCUGUACCAUGAAAAUGCCAAAAGGAGAUGUACUCACGUACGCGCCCAAUGGACAGAAUGCGACGGCCCCUGGCUCCAGAUCCACAGUUCAGAUCACCACCAAGCAGCUUAUAGAGCUGUUUUUCUCUUCACAAGCUCUCCUACACUGCAAGAGUAUUCCUACACUAGAAUACGGCUUUCUUGUGCAGAUUAUGAAGUACUCAGAACAGAGAAUUCCCACCUUGAAUGAGUACUGUGUGGUCUGUGAUGAGCAGCAUGUCUUUCAGAAUGGCUCCAUGCUCAAGCCAGCAGUCUGUACAAGAGAGCUAUGUGUGUUCUCCUUCUACACACUGGGAGUUAUGUCAGGAGCUGUUGAAGAUGUGGCAACAGGGGCAGAGGUCGUUGACUUGCUGGUAGCAAUGUGCAGAGCUGCCCUGGAGUCAUCUCGUAAAAGCAUUAUAUUUGAUCCCUAUCCAUCGGUGGUUGAUCCUUUCGAUCCCAAGGCUCUGGCCUUUAACCCUAAGAAACGAAGCUAUGAUAGGUUGCAAAAAGCACUGGACAGCAUCAUGUCGAUACGAGAAAUAACACAAGGCUCAUAUGUAGAGAUAAAGAAACAGAUGGACAAAUUGGAUCCACUUGCACAUCCUCUGUUACAGUGGAUUAUAUCCAGCAAUCGAUCUCAUAUUGUCAAGCUGCCGUUAAGCAGGCAGCUCAAGUUCAUGCACACUACCCACCAGUUUUUGUUGCUCAGUAGCCCUCCAGCUAAAGAGGCUCGAUUCCGCACAGCUAGGAAACUAUAUGGCAGCACUUUUGCCUUUCAUGGUUCCCAUAUAGAAAACUGGCACUCUAUUCUACGAAAUGGACUUGUUAACGCCUCCUACACAAAGCUGCAGCUGCAUGGAGCAGCCUAUGGGAAGGGCAUCUACCUCAGUCCCAUCUCAAGCAUCUCUUUUGGAUACUCAGGGAUGGGUAAAGGACAGCACCACAUGCCCACAAAGGAGGAGCUUGUACAUCAUUAUAACAGAGUCAACACCAUCUCACAGAGUCUCCCAGUGCAGUCGAGGUUUCUUCAGAGUCGGAAUCUCAACUGUGUCGCUCUUUGUGAGGUAAUAACAUCCAAAGACCUCCAGAAACAUGGGAAUAUUUGGGUGUGCCCUGUGCCCGACCAUGUCUGCACACGCUUCUUCUUUGUGUAUGAGGAUGGACAGGUAGGAGAUGCCAACAUUAACACACAGGAAGCUCGAAUUCAGAGAGAGAUCUUGCGGGUGAUUGGGACACAGUCGAGUUGAAUGUCAUGAUUUGACUCUUUGAGAGACUGAGGAAAGACAGUAUUAACCCUGCAAUGGGAUAUUGUCAUCUCUCUGCUGUUGCCAAAUUACAAAGUGGUUGUGACGAACUUUUUAAAUUUUUUAAUAAGGUUGUUUUUAACCUGUUUUUUUACACAUUCCACCUUUGUGUGUUCCUUUGUAUGUGUGUGUAUGUGUGUUUUAUCUAGACAGCAUUCCCCUGAUUGCAUACUAUGUUAUGUAUUCUGAUAUAUUUAAAAAAAAUCCCUCCCAUGUGUCCACUUAGGGGCUCUGUUGCCACAUUCAAGCACUGUCAAUAUUAAUGCACAGGUCAGAUUUAUUUGUUGUCUCAUGAUUCGGAAAACCCCUUUCUACCACUGAAGUUGUUGUUCGUAGAUGAAAAAGGUGCUACAUUAGAUGUCAGCAUAAAAGGGGUGCUAAAGCUUGUAUUUCCAGAAGAGGCCCGAUAAAUAAGCUAUAUAAUGACUAAUUUAAAAAAAAAAUACCGUAAGGUAUUAUUCUGUUAAGUACUCAGCUGUGUUCAGUUAACACCAGUUGCUUAAUUUUACACUUUUAGAAGUCAGUUUAAGCCAAAGCUGACUAUAAUUUUAUUUAUUUAGAGUAUUGAUUAGACUCAGUCCUGAGCUGUUUUUGGAAUAUGUGGUCUGUUGUUUUUAAUGGUACUGAAGAAAACAGAUAUUAUAAAGGUGACAUAAACCUGCUGUACACUUCAUCAUAAUGUUUCAGAAGCUGAAUAUCUAGGCAAUAUCUGUAGCAUCAAACACUUUACACUUAACCUACUGUGCUGUACAGCAAAGAGACACCUGCAGCGUGUUUUGUCUUACCACUGUAUAUAAACAUACAAUAAAAGUGUGAUCAUGUCAUUUUCCUCUGUGAUUUAAAAAAAAAAAGGUUAUGUUUUGUGGUCAUGGCCCACAUUUGUAGGAAAACUCUUUUUUAAAAUAAAAUAAAGGCAUGAUACUGAAAAUUACAUACAGUGGUCUGUGUG